AUGACUGGUAUUCAACAAGGUCAAAUCAUUCAAAUUUUUAAAGAAAAUAAAAAAAUAAUAUUUGAACCUUAUGAUGAAUUCGAAUGGUUUUUAUUUAAUGGAAAUGAAAUGGUUGUUUUGAGGAAAGGAGGAAUUAUUAGUAUUGCUGAUGAUAAAACACCUCCUUCCCCAUUAAUGAAAUUAAAUGAAUUUAAAGACAUUUCAAUUUAUUCAUACAAAGAAAUUUUUGUUGUUGUCGUUAAACAAAGUAACACUGUUGAAUGUUUUAUUUUUCAUAAUUUAAGACAAAAUAGGUUGAAACCUUUAUAUAAUGUAAAAGCUAUUACUAUGAAACAAAAUUGUUUAUUUGUAUUAAAAGAAGAUGGUGAAUUAUUUUCUAUUGAUUGUUUCAUUGAAGGAAAGUCAAUGUCUUAUCAUUUUAACUUAAAAGAUAUUGGACUUAAAGAACAAGACUUAGAAGGUAAUGUAAAAAUGGAAGUAAAAGAUAAUCUUUUAGAAUAUUGGAUUAUAAAUAAGAAUGGAAUUAGAAUAUGUCAGAUUAAUGGUGCUUUUCCUUUUCGUCAAGAAAAUUUUAUUGAAGAAAUGGAACAUCUUUAUGACCCUAAGGAUUUUCAAUUAAUUGGAGAGAAUGAUGAAAUUGAUGAUGAAUAUAUUCCUUAUUCUAUUCAAACAUAUCUUCAGGAUUAUGUCACAUUAUCAAUACAAUAUUCAAAUAAACCUAAGGGAGAGUGGAUUGACAUGAACAGCCAAAUAGAAAAUGUUGAUAUUGAUAAUAGAAUAAUUCAAGUUAUUACACCAAAUAACAAACAUCAAUUAAUUAAUUUAAACACUCAUAAUAUGACUAUGGAAUGUGAAAAUUUAUUAUAUUUAAAAGGAGAUAAAUUCAAAUUUAUAGUAAUUGAAAAUACUCAAACUAUUCUAUAUUAUAUUAAAUCAAUAGACAUUCUACACCCUCUUGUGGUGUGUGGGUUUGAUUAUAUAAUCAAACAACUAAAACAGUUAAACAACAUUUCAAUUAAUUUUACUACUAAGUUAUUAUCAAGUAUUAAUAGAGAAAAUGAUGAGGAUAUUAAUGAAUGUAUUAACCAAGCAUCUUAUCAAGAACUUAUAGAUAGUAUUAACAUUAUUGAACAAAGUAUUGGAACAGGAGAUUCUCUUAGUAUUAUUGUUAAAAGAGCAUUAGAAUUAGGAACAAUAAUAAUGAAACGAAUCAUUAAAGAAGAUAAAACAAAAAUAUAUGAUAAAAAGAUUCAGAAUUUUAUUAGAAAGAUAAUUGAUAGUAAAUGUCCAAUAAGAAAACGAUUUAAUGAGGAAAAUCAAGAAGAAAAAAGAUAUGAAAAACCAAUUAUUCAAAUAAAUAAUAAAAUAAGUGAUAUUGGAAAAGAACAAAUGAUACAAAUGUUAUAUUCUCUUAAAAUAAAAGAGGCUAUUAAAAUGGGAUUAAUAAGUGGAUAUGAAAAUAUUUGUGAAGAAUUAGAAAUCAUUAAACAAAAUACAUGUAAUACAUUAAUAUUAAAAGGGUGUAUACUUGCAUUAAAAGAGUGUGGAAUUAAUGUUGAUGAAUUGUUUAUGUUAUUUGAUAAAAAGGUUCCUAGUAUUGGAUUAUUUAAAGAACAACAUAUUAAUGUUGUUGAGUGUAUUAAACAAAUAAUUUUAAGACGUAAAGCAAUUAUUGCUGAGAAUGAAAAUACAAGAAUUGAAUUACAAAAAAUUAAAGAAAAUAAAAUGAAUGAAUUAAAUGAAAUUAUGGAAGAGAAAACACAGUAUUUAGAUGAGUUGUCAGAAAAUGGAAAUGGUUCUAAUAACGAAAUAACUGAAAAACUUAAUUCAAUGAAUUUAAUAAUUCAAACAUUACAAGAAGAUAUAGAAGAAAUUGCAAAACAAAUUAAAUUAAUUAUUCCAUUAAAAAUUGAAGCAUUAGAAUUACCACAACUACCAGAGUAUUAUGUCAAUUGUAAAGAAGAGUUGUUAUGUCCAUUAGGAUGUAUUGAAAAAAAUGACCUACAAGAUAUUAUGAUGGAAAUGAGAAUUAUUCCAUUAUCUAAUGAAUUUAAAAAUAAACAUUUUCCUUGUGUUGAAUAUCAAAAAAGAUCUUUUGAACAUUUUUUCACUCCAACCACUUCUAUUGAAUAUAUUCCAUUCUAUGAACUUUGUUUAGAUCAUAUUAAACCUCUUAAUGAAUGGAUGAUGGAAAUGGAAGAUAUAAAUACAAAAGAAUGUAUUAAAUUUGAUGAAGAAGAACUCAUGAAAAAUAUAAAGAAUAUUACUUCAAUAUCAAAUAAUGAAAAUAUUAAUAUCAUUGAUUUAUACAAAAUUAAAUAUCAAUAUCAUCCAUCAGGCAAAUAUAAUAUAUCAUAUCAACAAAUAAAACCAUUUGAAAUAAAUACUUUACCAUUAAAAGAAUGUAUUCAAAAUAAAGACAUUAUAACUUGCUUUAUUUAUUCUUAUACUUACAAAAAAACUAAUCAAUUACUUGAAGCUCUUAAUAAUUUACCAAUUACAACUGAAACAAUAAUAUUAGAAGAAAUAUUAACUCAUUCUUAUAAUAAAAGAAAAGAACAAUACAAAUUACCAUUGAAUUACCCAUCUCAUAGUUCUUUGUUAUCUGAUGAAUUCCAAGUAUAUGGAUUUUUUAAUAAUAAACAACUUCCUGAACAAUUUUACAAAGAUUUAUUCAAAAGAACUAUACCAGAAAUAUUAUAUUUCUUUGAUAUGAAUCAAUUAGAUAUUCCUUCCAAUGAUGAAUCACCACAAAUAUACCAUCUUUCUAUAACUCAAAACUAUCAUAAAGAAUAUCCACUUUUAUUAGAUAUUUGGGAUUCAAUACCAUUAGAAGAAUAUUUAAAAGAUUUUGGAAUAAUAGGAGAAGUUGUUUCAAAGUAUCAUUUAGAAAAAAUACCAUCACAACUUUUUUGUGAAUUUAUUAGAUGUGUUUAUCACAGAACAAGGGAUAUUGCAAAAAUAAAAGCAACAAUUAUAAAUAAAUUAAUUACAGAAAAUCCAGAACUUAUGCAACCAUUAAAAAAUAUUAUUGAAGAAUGUAGUAAUAUACUAGACACUGAAGAUUUACUUCCUUUAGGAGAGUAUUGUCAAAUGAUUAAAGGAUUAAAUAAAAAUUCAAUUCUUAUUAAAGCUGAAAUAGAAUGUAUUAAACAAGGAAUAAAUAGAAAUGAAAUAAAAACAACGAAAGAUAUUAUUCAAUUUUUAUUAGAAAAGAACAAUAAAUUACUUGAUGAAUUAAUUAUAUUAUGUAAUGACGAAGAACAAUUUUAUGCAUUAUUUGAAAAGAAUUAUAGAAAAAUGAAGAAAAGUGAAAUAACAUUAUAUCCUAUUAAUAUAUUAAAUGAAAUGAAAGGUAUUAAACAAAAUUAUAAUGAAAUUUAUAUUGACACUCAUACUACUCAACAAUGGAAAUUAUAUAUUGAAGAAAUUAAACAAUUUAAAGGAGAUAAGAGUUAUAUUAUUAAACAUUUUAAAUGUUGUUGUGAAUUAAUACAUAAACAUAAAGAAUGUGCUGUAGAACAACUUUGUUCUAUUCUUUAUUUAUUAUAUAAUGAACUAUUUAAAAUAACAUUAAAUCAAGUAUAUAAGUUAGAAGCAGAAAAAUAUAAUCAUAAUUCUUUUAACGAUUGUCUUGUUGUUUUAGGAAUUGAUGGACAUUCUUAUGUAAAAAAAGUAUUAAGAAUUGCUAUGAAUGGAUCAAUGACAAAAGACUUAUUUAAUUUAUCAUCAACAAAACUUGGAAGAAUGAGUGUUACUGUUGGAAGUUUUAAUGGGCAAAAAAAUAUUUUUAUUGAAAAAGAAAGUGAUAGAAAUGAAUUUACUCAAGCAAUGGAAAAUAUUAAAUCAUACAAACAUACUUCAGCUAGAAUUCAAUUAUUUCAUGAUAUUAUGAGAGACUUUCCAAUUAGAAGAGACAUUAUUGACAUGGCAUUAACAAAUUAUAAUGCUGCUAUAUUAAAAUUAUUUAAUCAAUUCCUUCAAAAAGAAUUUUUAGAAAUGUUAGAUGAUACAGAAAAAUGGGACGCUUUAUUUAAGUAUAUUAGAGUACUUAAAUAUGUUGAAAUGGUUGAGGAUGAAUCUAUUAUUCAAUUAAUUUUACUUAUUUUAUUUAAAGCAUCAAAUGAAAUUAAUAUAAUUAAAAUUCAUGGAUGGUCAACAACACUUGUUAAUGAAAUUGUUGGAAUGUUUAAUGAUAAUAAAAUGAUUGCAAGAGAAGUUCUUAAGUUAAUGAGUAAUGUUCAUGAUCUUCAUUUAAUAUCAGAAUUACUUGUAUUUGUAAUAUAUGCUGCUAGAAAAUCAAAUGAUGGAAUAUGUAUUAAACAAGCUAUUCAAAUAUGUGUAAGUCAUAUUGAUGGAUUUAUUAAUAAUGAUGUAUCUGAUAUAAUAAGACUAUUAUCAAGAACUGAUACAUUUAAUGAUGUUCUUAUAAAUAAAGAAAAUAUUUAUUCAUACCUUCUUAAAAAAAUGAUAAACGGUAAAUUAUCAUUUAAAAAUUUAAUUCCAAACAAUGAUUCUAAACUUAAUCCAGUAAAUAUUUUCUUCUUUAGUGAUGCAUUAAACCAAAUUAUUUAUGAAAAUUCUUUAAACGUAUGGUUAAAAAAUAAAAAUGAAAUAGUUGAUUGUUUUAUGUAUAUCCAAGAAUUUGAACAAGCAGCUCAUUUUCAAUAUUUAGUUGGAAUUACUUAUAUUGAAAAACUUGUUGAUCAAAUUAAAGAAAAUACUGAAUUCCCUGAAGGAAUGAAUGAAAUUUUAUCAAUUUCAUUAGAAUGUUUUGCUGGUUCACUAGCAUUUUUCUCAACUACAUUAAAUAAUGUUUGGGCAAAUAAAUGUACAAAACAGAUAUUAUGUAUUGUUCUUCAAAUGGUUUAUAAUAAUGUUCAAAUUAUUGGGUUAGAUCCAUUAGAAUCAAAAGAAUUACUUUGCUAUUUUAAUAACUUUGAAGAUGCUAAUAUCUUUGCUCAAGUUUAUGACUUAAAUGAGACAUCAAAGUGGGCAGCUGCAUUAAUGCAACAAUGUGUAAUAAUGGGUAAUUUAGAGUAUUUCAAAGAAUGGGCAGAAUAUUAUGAAAUGGAUAAUAGAACUUAUGAAACAUUAAUAGAAUUUAUGCAAAGUGAUAAACGUCUAUUAAAUAAAGAAAGAUGGGAAAAAUUAUUUGAUAUGAUCAACUCAAUAUUCCCACAAAUGUCAAAAGAAACAAGACAUGAAAAAACAAUUGUUGAACGUAUUAGACAAACACCAUUAAAAUUACAUCUUUUUAUUCAAUAG